AAUAUCAUCCAAUGGGAGAUCACAUAAAUAUUUAGCUAGGUUGCUAACAAGCUAAGAAGGUUGCUAGCUAGGACCUAUUGGAAGAAGAUGGAUACUGUAACGCUGGAACCAUCUUUGUACACUGUGAAAGCAGUCCUCAUUCUGGAUAAUGAUGGCGAGAGGCUCUAUGCAAAAUAUUAUGAUGGCACCUACCCUUCAGUGAAGGAACAGAAAGCUUUUGAGAAGAACAUCUUCAGCAAGACACACAGGACUGACAGUGAGAUCGCUCUUCUAGAGGGCCUCACAGUCGUCUACAAGAGCAACAUUGAUCUCUUCUUCUACGUUAUUGGAAGCUCACAUGAAAAUGAGUUGAUGCUAAUGGCUGUUCUGAACUGUCUGUUUGACUCACUUAGCCAAAUGUUGAGGAAGAAUGUUGAGAGGAGAGCUCUACUUGAGAACAUGGAAGGUCUCUUUCUAGCUGUGGAUGAAAUUGUGGAUGGAGGCGUGAUUCUGGAGAGUGAUCCUCAGCAAGUGGUCCACCGCGUAGCUCUAAGGGGGGAAGAUGUGCCUUACUCAGAGCAGACUGUUACCCAGGUGCUGCAGUCUGCCAAGGAACAGAUCAAAUGGUCUCUGCUACGAUAGAACCUGUCGACUCCCCUCAUUUAACACUGUACCACCAUUACCCAUGGCUCCUCUCUCUGUGACGCCAUCUCUUCCCCUGUGCUCGUUACUCACCAUUCCUUCAAUCAGGACUGAUGAGAGGAUGAUCGCUCAGCCAAUCAGACACUGCCAGGGGAAGGGAUAUCUGAGUUUUGUCUGUCUGAAUCAAUCAUUUCUAUCAUGUGUGUGUCUUUACUGUAAAGGUGUAUUCUUCUGAUAUCUAGUUCUAACGCUAGCUAUGAGAGAUAUUGGAUGGUAGCGUGUCCAUACAUUCCAGUGGUUUGGUUCGUGUUUUCUUCCACAGUUCCUUACCACUUCCGUUGACCGCUUCAUGCCCCUCAUCUCUGAUAACAUUACAUGGGUUAGUACAGACCAUAGAAAUAACUCCUUUCAAAUUCUAUGGUCCAGACAUAUGGUCCGAUCAGGCAACAUCGUUGUUCGUCACUAUGUGCUCUUCGGAAUACUUUAUGAACUUCAGUCAUUUAAAUCUUUUGAAUAAAAAACAUUUAUAGACACUGAA